GCUGCGAGAAGAAGCGCCCAGAGGCGGCGGCGAGGGACGCCAUGCCUGCCCGGGAAGGAACAGGCUGCGCGUCGCAGGCAACAGUGAGGUUUGAGGACGUCAUUCUUUAUUUCUCCAAGAGCGAGUGGAAGUCCCUAGCCAAGUGGCAGAAGGAACUGUACUGGGAAGUGUUGACAGAUAACUAUGAAGCUUUGCUCGUUGCAGGGCGACCGGUCACCAGAGCGGAAUUUGUGUUGUGGCUUGAGCAGUGUGAACGUCUGGACAUCGAAAGGACCCAGGAAUCUAGAGUCAGAGACCCUGCUGGAAAUGUUUCUGCAAGUGAGUGGAAAUUAAAAGUGGAAUGAGUUGGAAGGCCAGGGUGCCAAGACUCCAAAUCUAUGCAAAAGCUCCGAAAGGGGG